AUGAUAAGUAGCAAUUCAUCAUCAACAAGUCUAAACGUUGAUUCUUCAUCCGAUCGCGAUUCAUCAUUUUUAACAAAUGGAAAAAAGCCACUAAAAGAGGGAAGUGUUCAAUUGACAUCUUUAUCCACACUUUUGUCACAUCAUCGUUAUUUGUUCCUCUAUCAUGAAACACUAGUGAUUUCGAAACAGAAGUUAGUUUUUGCACUUUUUUUUGGGAAUCUUUUAAUAAAUAUGAGCAAUGUUUUGUUUCAGAGGAGCUUGUUCAUACAAAUUGAAAGAAAAAUUACGAUUGGAAAAAGUGUGGAUAGCUUCGAGUAAUACUGCUGAUUCAUUUCUUAUUGGAUGGCCUUUUACGAAUUAUUUGGUGCAUUUCAGGUAAGUGGGGAAGUCUAGGAAGUUGGUUUUCAGAGAUCAAUCUGAGUCGGUAACUUCAGAAAAUCUGAAAUGAAAUUUUUUUGGAAUUUAAUUUCUGACACUUACAAUUAGUUUUCAGGCUUUUAUUAUUUUCCUGAAAAUUUAUAAAUCGAAAUUGAGUUUUAAAAAUCUCCAAAAAUAUGCCACUGAUUUCAGAACUUCUUAUAUCUGAACUUAAUUUUUUGGCUCGAAUUCAAAACUUUUUUUUCAAGAAACUCAAUCGAAAAAGACGAAUGGUUCGAAUUGCUCUCAUGCUGUGUCCAACAAAAUCUUCGUCCAUUAUCCACAACAAUUUCAAUGGAUAUAAAUGUUCGAGGCCGAAAACAAACAAUUCGACGACGCGUUGAGAAUGGCAAAAAAUCGGGAGAAAUUGUUGUGGACACGGCUGGCGAUUUGGGACUUCCACAUACCUCAUAUCAACUCACUUUUUCUGUUGGUAAGGAUUUUUUCUGUUUUGAAAUCCAGGCAUAAUUUUUUUAUAUUUAUCUUAGGUGACAAUACUACACGAUCACUGCAAGGUCCUGAAAAUGUAUACGUGGCAAUUAUGUCGGAAAUUGAGAGACAGGGAAUUCGAAUUUCUGAAUCGCAGAAAAAUUCAUUGGAUACUUGUCCGAUUGCGAAUUGUAGAUUGAUCCUUUCGACUAUCAAAUCAAACUCGGCACCUUCGCCGAGACAAAUUGUGAAUAGUAUAAAGUGAGUUAGAAUAAGUUGGAGAUUCAUGGUCUUUUAACUUGUGCAAACUACAGUAAUCUACAAAAAAAUCAAACUUAUAAAAACUUCAUAAUAUCCCAAAUUUGUUUUUUAAUUGUCCUAUUUGUAAAUGUGUUUAAUAAUUUUGUUUUUUUUUGAGAAUUCCAAAUUUUUCAGACGAAAAGUGAUGGCUCGAAACGACUGCCGAUCAAUUUUUGGAAAAGAAUUGAAUGGUCCAACUCCACCUCAACCAAUAAUGACAAUUGUUGAUCAUUUGAGAAUGGAUGGAUUUGAUGCUGAAGGAAUAUUCCGAAAAUCUCCAAAACAAAGCACUUUCAAAGAAUUGAAAUGUGAAUUGGACAAAGGAAUUGUUCCAGAUUUUCAUAAAUAUAAUACACAUGUUUUGGCGUCAAUUUUGAAAGAAUAUUUAAGAGGAAUUCCUGGAAAAAUAUUAUUGGCUGGAAAUUAUGAAUUAUGGAUGAGAGAAGUUGCCGAUGAACAGGAUGUUGAGAAAAAGUUGAACUCUUGUCGCGGACUACUUUCACAUCUUCCAACUUCUCACUCGAUUCUUCUUGCAAAUGUUCUCAAAUUAUUGAAUAAGAUUUCAAAUUCUCCAACUUCUAAAAUGACAGCUUCUUCCUUGAGUGUUUGCCUUGCUCCAAGUUUUCUCGAAAGUCCAGAUCCAAUGGAAGGCGGCAAGAAGAUUCCACCAUUGGUCGAGUUUUUGAUUUCGAAUGCAGCACAAGUUGUUCCAGGUUUUUCUACCGAUAAUGUAUUCUCAAUUAUGAACAAGGUCAGUAUGAGUUAAUUAAUUAAAAAAAUUUUAUAUUUAACUAAUUUUGCAGCUUGAUCAAAACGCGAAUAUGUUGUGUAGCCCUGUUCCAAGUUCAUCACAUUCUGAUGAUGGAUCAUCGCAAAGAACUCCAAUUAUUGAAGAACUCAAUGGUUUGUGCAUUUAUUUUCUCUAGAAAUUGAAUAGAGUUUCAAAUUUUUUAGAAAAUGAAGAAGAUGCGACUUCACAAUCCAGUUUGGCAGAAUCUGAUCUUCCGGAAGAACCAAGAAUUCCAUCGGCACAUUUGGAAACAAUUUCAGAAAUCAGUGAACCACCAGUAACUACUAAUGAUGAACGGUAAAUUAUUGAAGUUGAAACGUAUCUCAAUUCCAAAUUUCAGAUUAAGUUUCUCCUCCUCGGAAUCAGAAGAUGAAGACGAUACAUAUCCAACAUAUUCAAGAACAUCAUUUGUUUCCGAAACUCUUCGAUCAUCCACCGAUGAUGUUUUGACAAAAACCGACACUCCAAGAUCACCGUGUUUGAAGCGAAUUCAUUUCCAACGAACUGAAUUGCAUCAUCGAACAAAAGAUCGGCCGAUUCGGAAAACAUCGCUAGAAGAAGUUGUGCAUGCAAGAAAUAUCACACCAACAAGAAAAGAGUCGAAAGAAGAAGCGACACAAACAUCGGAUAAUGAUGAUCAUCGAUUUCCAGCAUUUAAAAGUUCAGCAGCUGAAGUGAGUAUUUUUUAUUUUUUAGAGAAUGGAUUUGCAGUGUUUCUUUAACUUUUCUUCUUCUUUUCCAGACUUACAACAAGAUUCCUUGUGACCCAAUUCCUUCUCGUAAACCAUUAAUCGAUUCUUCCACUUCCUCUUCUUUUGUCAGUGAUUAUCGUCCACUUCGAACAUCAAUCGAUGAAACCAAUCCACCUAAUAAACCAACAGUUCAAGUCGCCCCAUUUUCACAAGAACCUUCUCUCAAAACAAUCAAUGAUCGAUUAAAUGCACUUCGACAAAAUUCGCUGGAUCCAGAAAUUUUGAGAAAACCACCAAAAUCAUUGACGAAUUCGCCGAUUCUUCCAGCAAAGGAUGGAUUCAGGAAAACUGAUUUGCAUCGAAGUUCGUCUCAAAGAGGACAACAACCAACUAAUAAAGAGAUAUACAGGUGAAUAACUACUGUAGAACUUGGGAGGGAUAACAUCGGAAAAUUCUUGGGAAUAUAUUUUUUUUUAACCAUAAACUUUUGGAUACGUUGAAAAAAGUUGAUGGAAUAUUUUUUUCUGGGCUGUUUAGAACUUUCGAGAAAAAAUCCUUAAUCAAAGGGGUCCCGAUCUUUUGAGCAAACAAAGUUUCUUUGUCUCUCCCCUCCUAUAAAAUCCGAAUUCUAUAGAUAUAAGUUUUUGCAGCAGCCGCCCAUCUUCAGUCAAAGUUCAACGUCGUUGUAUUGGAGUUGAAGCGUGUGUUGGAAUGGAUCCACUCGAAAUCAAUUGGAGUGUCAGCCAAUUGAAAACAUUAUUCCAAGAUAAAAAAGCUCCAGCAAUCGACACAAUGUAUACCCAUACACAUUGA